AAGAAACAGAGAAGAGAAGAGUAGAGUAGUUUUCAUAUUAUUCUCAAAUGGAAGAACAAGAGGUUCAAUCUGAGCUCCAUACUCUGGAAAUCAAAACCACACCUUCUAGAUUCAAAAGAGUUUGUGUUUUCUGUGGCAGUAGUCCUGGCAAAAAACCCAGUUAUCAGCUUGCUGCCAUCCAACUUGGCCAUGAACUGGUUGAGAGAAGCAUAGACUUGGUUUAUGGAGGUGGUAGUAUUGGUCUAAUGGGUUUAGUUUCUCAAGCUGUUUUUCAUGGUGGUCGCCAUGUCAUAGGAGUUAUUCCCAAAACUUUGAUGCCCAGAGAGAUAACUGGAGAAACAGUGGGUGAAGUGAGACCAGUUGCAGGAAUGCAUCAAAGGAAAGCAGAAAUGUCUCGCCAUGCUGACGCUUUCAUUGCAUUGCCUGGUGGUUAUGGUACACUUGAAGAGCUUCUUGAGGUUAUAACUUGGGCUCAAUUAGGGAUUCAUGACAAACCGGUAGGUUUGUUAAAUGUUGAUGGGUAUUAUAACUCAUUGUUAUCUUUCAUCGAUAAAGCCGUCGAUGAAGGGUUCAUUGCUCCUGCUGCUCGGCACAUCAUUGUUUCUGCUCCUACUGCACAUGAAUUGUUAUUUAAACUCGAGGAAUAUGUACCAAAACAUGAAGAAGGUGCACCAAAACUUAGUUGGGAAAUGGAGCAGUUGUGCCAGUCUCCAAAGUCAGACAUCUCUCGUUGACCGGAUUAUGUACAUAGUUGACCAAAUUUAAUGUACCAGUCACUGAGUCAAAGCAUGAAAAUGUUAUCAUUAUCCCCUUUUUAAGCCUUUUUUUUUCUUUUUUUUUUGGUCCACAGUCUAAUCAUAGAUGUUUAUUUUGGUAAUAUUUAAUUAGUUUGUGAGAUUUAUUUUGUAAGUUAAUUAAACCAUUUGUUUUCUUUA